UUUUCUUUUUUUUCUUUUCUUUUUAUUUACACAAUGUCUUCAUCUCAAGAAAUGCAAAACAUGGCAGUACACCAAACUAUUCAUGAAAAUGUAGCAGUUGAAAAGUAUUUUGUUACUAGGCAACUGCCCUCACUUGAAACAAUAGCAAACCCCACCGAAGACGAGCAUGUUCGAAAUAAACUCUCAACAAUGUCUUUUAAAGAGCAUCACCCUUUAUUAAAGAGAAUUAUUGAUCCUGCAGAGCAACAGCAACAGAGACGUCAUUCUAUAGCCAACAUCAUUGAACCUGAAUAUAAGUAUCCUGCACCUUAUCCUAUACCUUACUCUGCACCUUCAACACCGCCCUAUCAUCAGCAUCAAUCCUCACCGCAUUAUUUUUAUGCAAAGGACCCUAUGCGACGAAAUUCGAUGGCAACUAUGGCAACCGGUCGGAGGGAUAGUAGCAAUCGAAUUACAGCAUUAAUAUUAAGUGAGGAUGAAAAUAAUAUCUCUCGAAGGGCUUCUACCUCUUCUAUAUCCUCUUCUUCUUCUUCAUUGCAGCAUGAGGGCACACCCAAGGGACGAUAUGCUAGAAGUCCGGAACUAAGAGCGAGCCAUAAACUAGCAGAAAGAAAGAGAAGACAAGAGAUGAAGGAAUUGUUUGAUGAGCUAAGAAAAGCACUUCCAGUAGACAAAUCCCUAAAAACCAGCAAAUGGGAAAUAUUGAGUAAAUCUAUUGACUAUAUUGGAGCACUACGACACCGAGUCUAUGUCAAAGAGAAUGAAGUGGCUCAAUUAAAGCAAGAAAUUGAGGAGUUGAAGAGAAGACGAUCAUAAUUUAUAUAAAAAAAGUAUUAAAAGUUAAUCUCGUGUAUUUAUUCAAAAAUAAAAAGUGUAUCAUUACUCAUCAUAAUCAUCCAUUUUAAGAACAAGUCCC